GCUCGCUAGGAUCCGGCCAGCGGUGCUGUUUCGCCGUUUGUUCCGCUGUGUUCCCGCCCCUUCCUUUUGGUUUCGCCCAAAGUGGCCCGAGCAGCAGCUCCUCAGCCUUUAUCCCUCUGUUGCCGCUGCCGAGGAUGAUGCGGGUGAUGAGGAGGAUGCUCUGCAGCUCUGAAUGAAGCCACAGUCGAUGGCCCGCUGCUGGACGGCUGCGCGAUGAAAGCGUUGGCUCUUUACGGUCAGACACCGGGAAGAAGAACUCUCAUUAUGGAUCUCUUAUAUUUCCUCUGGAUGCUGCCGGCGGUGUGGGCUGUCGAAGAAGUACUAAUGGAUUCAACAACAGCUACAGCAGAACUGGGCUGGACCAUCCAUCCGUCACAAGGGUGGGAAGAAGUUAGUGGCUAUGAUGAAAACAUGAACACCAUCCGAACGUAUCAGGUGUGCAAUGUCUUCGACAGCAGCCAGAACAACUGGGUACGCACCAAAUUCAUCCGCCGCCGCGGUGCUCAGCGCAUCCAUGUUCAGAUGAAGUUCUCAGUGCGCGACUGCAGCUCCAUACCCAAUGUCCCUGGCUCCUGCAAGGAGACUUUCAACCUGUACUACUAUGAGUCGGACUCGGACACAGUCACAAAAUCCUCCCCACCCUGGAUGGAGAACCCCUGGGUGAAAGUGGACACCAUAGCGGCCGACGAGAGUUUCUCUCAGGUUGAUCUCGGAGGCCGCAUCAUGAAGAUCAACAGUGAAGUCCGCAGUUUUGGACCCGUUUCCCGAAAUGGCUUCUACCUCGCUUUCCAGGAUUAUGGCGCUUGCAUGUCGCUCAUCGCUGUUCGAGUCUUCUACAGGAAAUGUCCCACUGUGGUCCAGAAUGGCGCUGUCUUCCCUGAGACUCUCUCCGGAGCAGAGAGCACUUCCCUGGUUGCGGCCAGAGGGGUGUGUGUUCCUAAUGGGGAGGAGGUGGAUGUACCCAUCAAGCUGUACUGUAACGGGGAUGGGGAGUGGAUGGUACCCAUUGGGCGCUGCAUGUGCAAAGCUGGGUACGAGGCGGUGGAGAACGGUACAGUCUGCAGAGCUUGUGUAUCAGGCUUCUUCAAGACUGCACAGGGAGACCACAAAUGUCUGCAGUGCCCCAUUAACAGCAGAACCACCAGCGAGGGAGCAACUAACUGCAUCUGCCGCAAUGGCUACUACCGCACUGACUCAGACCCUCCGCAAAUGCCCUGUACAACUGUCCCAUCAGCUCCACAAAACAUCAUCUCCAUAGUGAAUGAGACCUCUCUGAGGCUGGAGUGGAGCCCGCCACAGGAGGGCGGUGGCCGAGAGGACGUCGUCUACAACAUCAUAUGUAAGAGCUGUGGCAGCGGCCGGGGCGGCUGCACUCGCUGUGGGGACAACGUGCAGUUUGUCCCGCGUCAGCUGGGACUGACCAACCACCGUGUUCACAUCAGCGACCUCCUGGCUCACACCCAGUACACCUUUGAAAUACAAGCUGUCAACGGAGUAUCUGACCAGAGCCCUUAUUCACCGCAGUACACGUCCGUCAACAUCACCACCAACCAGGCCGGUGAGGCUACCCAUCGUUUCACAUGCCAUAACUCCACGUUAACGAUGCUCAGUGAUUUGAUGAGCUGUCAUGAGGAGGUCCAACAUUUCCAGCAGCCUGUAUUUUCUCUUCAGCCACUAACUGUGCUUCCUCUUGUCUUGUUCUCAGCACCAUCAUCAGUGUCCAUCAUACACCAGGUCAGCAGAAGCCCCAACAGCAUCACUCUGUCCUGGUCACAGCCUGAUCAGCCCAACGGAAUUAUCCUGGACUACGAACUGCAGUACUACGAGAAGAAUCAGGCAGAGUGGAAUUCGUCUCUAACGAGGAGUCAGACCAACACUGCAGUCAUACGAGGCUUGAAGCCCGGAACUAUCUACGUCUUUCAGGUUCGGGCAAGGACUGUUGCUGGAUUUGGACGCUUUAGUGGCAAAAUGUACUUCCAAACCAUGACUGAAGAGGAGUAUAACUCCAGUAUCCAGGAGAAGCUCCCCCUCAUCAUUGGUUCAGCUGCUGCAGGGGUAGUCUUCAUCAUCGCCAUCACUGUCCUCAUAAUUGUCUGCCGCAGCAGGAGGAAUUCAGACAGAACAGAGUCUGAGUACACAGACAAACUCCAGCAUUACACCAGUGGCCACAUGUCACCAGGAAUGAAGAUCUACAUUGACCCCUUCACAUAUGAAGACCCUAAUGAAGCGGUCAGAGAGUUUGCCAAGGAGAUUGAAAUUUCCUGUGUCAAGAUUGAACAAGUUAUCGGUGCAGGAGAGUUUGGGGAGGUGUGUAGUGGAAACCUCCGGCAGCCUGGGAAGAGGGAGAUCCUGGUGGCGAUUAAGACACUGAAGGCGGGCUACACUGACCGGCAGAGGAGGGACUUCCUGAGCGAGGCAUCCAUCAUGGGCCAGUUCGACCACCCCAACAUCAUCCAUCUGGAAGGGGUUGUGACCAAGAGCAGCCCUGCGAUGAUCAUCACUGAGUUCAUGGAGAACGGAUCCCUCGACUCUUUCCUCAGGCAAAAUGACGGGCAGUUCACGGUGAUCCAGCUGGUGGGGAUGCUGCGCGGCAUAGCAGCAGGAAUGAAGUACCUGUGUGACAUGAACUACGUCCAUCGAGACCUGGCGGCAAGAAACAUCCUUGUCAACAGCAACCUGGUGUGCAAAGUGUCUGACUUCGGCCUGUCGCGCUUCCUUGAGGACGAUACUUCAGACCCCACCUACACCAGCGCUCUGGGUGGGAAGAUUCCCAUCCGGUGGACGGCUCCAGAGGCCAUUCAGUACAGGAAGUUCACCUCCUCCAGUGACUGCUGGAGCUAUGGCAUAGUCAUGUGGGAGGUGAUGUCUUAUGGAGAGAGGCCCUACUGGGACAUGAGCAAUCAAGAUGUUAUCAAUGCCAUAGAGCAGGACUACAGGUUGCCGCCCCCUAUGGACUGUCCUAGUGCACUGCAUCAGCUGAUGCUGGACUGCUGGCAGAAAGACCGCAACAACCGUCCCAAAUUCAGCCAGAUUGUUAGCAACCUGGACAAACUGAUCCGCAACCCCAACAGCCUCAAGGCCAUGACACCACUGUCAUCAAGUGUUCACUUACCUCUGCUCGACCGCAGCACUCCAGACUUCUCCUCCUUCAGCACAGUGGACGAGUGGCUGGACGCCAUUAAGAUGGGACAGUACAAGGAGAACUUUGCCAACGAAGGCUUCACCAGCUUUGAUUUGGUGUCUCAGAUGACCAUGGAGGACAUCCUCAAGGUGGGGGUGACGUUGGCCGGCCACCAGAAGAAGAUCCUCAACAGCGUCCAGUCCAUGAGGGCCCAGAUGAACCAGAUCACUUCGGUGGAGGUGUGAUCUGACCGACCAUGAGCACACAGGCUCUGUUUACUGCACACAGACUGUGACUUCAGUGCAACCUCAGCCUCCCUCCCUCCCUCCCUCCCUCCCUCAGUCUGCAGCACAGCACAGAUGUUUGGUGGUUGUAGCUGCUGUAUGUCCAGGUAACAGUCAUGAACCCAGUCUUCUCAGUCCACGUCUAUUUAGUUUUGUUAUUAAACCACACUUGGCUCUUCCACUACACCAAGUUGCAGUCUUCAGGAAAAAAUCAGUUUUCAAAAUUAGCCUUGCACUUUUUUGUUCAAGACUCACUGUUGGAAAUGAAAAGCACUGUAGCGCCACCUUUAGGUGCUCACUGAUGGGCUUUACCUGCUCGCUCUGCUGCAUGUUGGCCUUCUUGAAUUUGACUGGGAGGAAACAGGGCACAGUGCUGGCUGAUGUAGUUACUACUUAAAGUUUUCAUUUCAGGAACAUUUUCAUCCUAUUAAACCAUGUUUUCGUAAUGGAAGGUGGUUUUAGAGCACUACACACUCCAUGUAUUUACAUUCUGUAUUUCCAUAUUUUAGUAGAAUCCACACAGGCUUCAAAUGGUGUGCCUACAAAUGACCCACAUAGAGCAGUGGCCCAGCUCUACCUGUCGCAAAGCCAGUGCCAUGAGUUUUUAAAAGGAAGCGCUUCUUCGGGGCAGUUCGUUUGGCUGUUGAUGGAGUAGCUGCUGUCAGGUGCUGCCAAAUCAACCACAGCUGAAAUCUUAAUGAUUAAAGCAAACAAACGAUAGCCACAGUUUAUUGGUCUACUUUCACACCUCCACAAACCUACCAAUCACAAUCACUCAGAUUGUCUGUGAACAUUUCAAGUGUUGGACACAACUGCUACCUUAUCCUGCUGUCUGAAGCAGACUGUGUAGUCCUUAUUGUAGUUUGAUCUAAUUCAAAAUAUUUUAUUCAUCCCUCAAUUGAAGUGAGUUUUCUAAGAAAAAGUUACACAUUAACCCCAAUCUACAUAAAAACAAAUAGCCAUGUGCACAUCUGGGUGCAGCUGUGUGCUGUCUGCGUGGGUGGUGGCAGGGCUGUUGUGAAGCGGCAGCAGUAAGAGCUCGCUCUCUGAAAGCACAGGAUUUGGUUUCUGAGGUCAGUAGAAGCUAACAAUCUUUGCACUCUACUAAACACAAGCUGAAGUUGUGUGCACUCAGUUGGACUCCUGUGACAUUUGAUGGUGGUUGUGUUGGGUUCGUUGUGGUUAUUGGUUCACAGACUGGAAUGAAGUGAAGAGAUUUGACCUUUAAAAGGACUCUUUGAAAGGUCACCACACAUUUGGAUGCCUGUGCUGCCAGAAGCCGCAGAUGUUGUGACUGGUGAAUGGACGUCUGAGACACGUGGAAGAACCACACAGCUCCUGUCAACCCACAGACUUUAAACAUGGCCUCCUGAGUGAAUCCUGAGUGAGCUGGCCAUAAAAUUGCUGCUGAUAUUUUUAAAAGCCAGUUGGUAGAUAUUCCUAUUUUUCUUCUUCUUACCAAGAAAAUAACCUUUUUAACCUUGAACUACACUUGAGUCACCUGAAAUGGACCAUGGUUCUGCCUGUCACUGUGAUGUCACUUUCCCGUUUACUGUGUAGAGUUACUGUAGUAAGUCUGGGUCAGGGUUUAUUGUUAGGAAACAAUCAGGGCUUUCUCAGUGCUGCACAUGUGUUUUGGAGGUAAAGGUAUGUCUUCUUUUACAUAUCCACUUUGCUUAACUUUGGCAUACACCCCAACAAACAGCUCAGUGGUGUUUAAUACAGAAUAUUAACACUGAUCUCUGAUCACCAACCUUUGUUUGAGUGACUCAGUAUCUGAAUUAGUUUCUACACGACAUGAUUCUAAGCUCCAAAGUUCUCACUUACAGACAUGUUUCACAUUCAGAUCCGGAUCUCACCUCAGUGAAGAAAAGACAAACCUGGGGGACAGAUAACUGCACAGUUACUACACUCAGCAACAAAGCAUAGUCUUCAGCAUUUAGCUGUGUUGUGACACACAACAACAAAAAUUGAGAUGUAGUUUAUGGUGGACCCGUCAGUGAAGAAGUGGCACACAGAGAGACAUCCAGCUGUCCUCCAGUUUUACACCAGAUGAUGUCGCCUGUUUAGUCUUUGGCUAGUUUAAAGCACUUCAUCAUCUCAAACAGCUGCCCUGACCUCUAAGGUUUGGACAGUUGUUGUCAGGGCGGCCUGUUGUCCUGUAGGAACCACAGUGUGCUGGCUUCUAGCACAUUCAUUUAGAUCGUGCAGUGCAAUGUUGUCAUCAAUGGUAAUGAGUAAAGAUUACUACCGUAAUCCCCUUCCCCCACCACUCCGCUACCCGCCCCGCACCGCCGCUAUCCGUUCAAAACAUAAUCGGACUUGCCACUAGCAAGAUUGCCCAACAACAUUGCUCAAAAAGUUGACCCGUGUAUCAUCAGCUUUAGGGUUACGCCAAGGGAAAGCCGGUAGUGUAACUUUAUAUUUUAUAUAUAUUUAUUAUCUUGACACUUUUUUAGUCACUGUCUGGUUUCCAUGUAAAAAACAAAUUUAGCCCCUGUCCAUGGUAACUUUUGCUCUAUGCAUAUUCAUGGAUUACUGAACAGGCUGUCCAGGCACAGGCCCAGGGGCCUGGUGGGCCGGAGGGUUGCUAAACUAGAGCUUAUGUGUGAAGAAGCUGUUGUACAUUUUCCCCUUUACAGAAUGAAAGGGCAGAGGUUCGUGUCAGAACCUGCAGUAGAGUAAGGAACAGCCUCAACGUUCACGAGAACAAGUCCGACAAACUGAACAACAAAUACAUCAUUUGUCUUUGUUUUCUGACCUGAUGCCUCGAUCAGCGGGACGUCCUCAUUGGUCAGUAGCUUCCAAAACCAAAUCCACGUGACUGUGGAGUGCUGAGGUUGAGGUCUGAUUGAUUGAUUUAAGGAUAGACUGUGGUACGGUGUUGGUUAGGGUUUGUGGCACCGUGACAGUGCCAUGCUACUUCCACCUCUGCUUCUGGCAGACAGCCAUAGUUCUGUAAACGCAGGCUGUGUUCGAGUCCACUGAUGCUGAGCGUUUACCCUCCCAGGUGUUCUGUAGGACGUUCAGCAUGAAAUAGGUCCUGAAUCAUCUCUCCGUGUGCAGAAUCUCUUUGUGGUGGAAGAUGAUCCAGCUGCGUCGUACCAACAGGCAGUUUCAGAACCCACUCUGGGUGGGGGUUCUAAAGGCAACAGGAUUUUUGGAUUUCACAGAAACAGUACACUCUCAGAACUCUAUUUUGUUGCUUUUCAAAAAUGUAAAUUUUGAUAAAAGUGUGCUUUUUAUAGACGUUAUGCAGUUAUGACAACGAUUUAUACACAGACGUCACAGACAGGUGAAUUCUCACAUUGGGACAUGUGAUUUUUUUUUUUUGGCAUUGGGACAUUUGGCAUGUUAAACCUCUUCCUUCUACUGUACCAGCACAAAGCACAGGUUUAACCACUCACUGUUAGUGUCCUGUCCUGAGUCCUCAGACCUCCAAAUCCAUUGAACUGCUCUGUGCAUGGUCACAAUGAGGCAGAGACUUCCUCUCAGCUGAUGUUUUGAAAUCAGGAGGGAAAACCUCUGUUCCUUCCUUUUAUGGGCCACUUAUUCUUCAUCUGCUCACUAAGUUACAAUUUUCGAGGUACCACUACAGAACCCACACUGUCUGUUGAAAAGCAGCUUGUACAUUUCAUGUGUUUGUCACACCUAAAGGCUGGAUUACCGACCUGCACUUCCACCUCCCUCCUUUGGUCGUUCAGGCGCACAGUGAGGUCGAAAGAAACGCACCGAACUUCUUUACUUGUACAGUAUUUGCCGGUGCAUGUUUAUGUGUGAACAUAUUGUCUGUGUUUAGUGGCUUAUCUGUACACACUGCACACUGUGGCUGUGCCCUGUGCUCUGUGUCCAACUCCCUGCAGUCACAUGACUAGUUUGGUCAUUAAAUGACUUCAGUGUAAAAUAAAAAGGUGCUUCCACAUCUCUUCCAGAUAAUUCUUGUUUUCACAUCCUCCUUUUUCCUUUGAUAUUUAAAAAUGUUGAUUGUUGUUCCCAGUCUGCAUCAUGUUGUCAUGCUGCGUGUGACAUUACUGUAACGAUGGUCCUUUAUGUUUUACAGAUGCACAAAGACACUGUACUGUACCGUACAUAUGAGAUGCACAUUCAGACCGUGUUCAAACUGACUUGAUGGGUCUCUGUUGGGAAACGUAGUUCUCUACAAAUGUGAGCACAUAAUCUUGAUAGUUUAGCAGCCAGGAUUAUAAAGUUUGUGCUCUUCCGUCUGAAUAAAUGAUAGAUAAAUCAGACAAAGCAUUAAAGACAAUCUUCAGUCUAAACCUUUUGAUUGUGUAAGGGAGGCUGAGGUUUCCUGGAGAGUCAAAGUCUGAAUCUUGUUAAAGUGGACUGCACCAACAUCCCAGAAAUCAUUUUCAUUUCAUUCCAAAAUGAAAAUGUCAUUUUGGAACAAUCAAGAAAGCACAGUAAAUAUUUGUGACGGAAGUUUUUCACAUGCAAACCACUGGAUAAUUCUGUGAAUGAAUAUUAUUAUAUUCUGUGGCGACUGAAAACUCUGAAUCUGAAUGAUCCUGUGAGACACAUUCACUGCUGCCCGUGGUGUCUUCCUUCCACCUGGGGUUAUUUUAUAAUGACCAGCAGACUCUCUGCUGCCUCAGAGAACAGAAAAGACCUCUCUGUGUACAGUUUAAAGAGAACAUUCAGUUGUUUUGUGAUUGUUUCAGUAUGUGUGCCUGUUCUCCAUGUUCUCGCUGCACUGUGCAGCUUCUCAGUCCUCCCAUGGAGCUGAAAUGUUCGGGUUCUGGUCCAGACACAAAACUCAAUUUUCCUGCACAUUCUGGCUAUAAAGGGACAUAGUGGGAAAAGGUACUACUUCUCUUUUUCUCUGAGAGUUCGACCUCCAUGUCAUGUCAGUGGUUAGCCUAGCAUAGCAUAAAGAUUGGACGCAGCUAGCCUGGUUCUGCCGGCUGUCAGAGUUCAGAAAGCACAGCAGAUCCUCUAAAGGUCACUCAUGUUGCAUCUGCUGUUUGUAGCCUGCUGAAACUGUUCUUGAUGAACAACAGUUGGACCAUGUGUCCUGAUCUUCUGUGUAGGGUUCCUCCUCCGUCGAUCAGCCCCUGGGUUUGGUUUUGAUCUCUGCACAGGUACGGCGGUACAACAGAAAGCCCAGCUGAUAAAUAUGACAGAUUAUAUUUAGUGCUGCCACAUUUGUUGGCUAAUAAGUAACAAGACAAAUGUACAGGCAUGCCAAAGAAAGCAUAACACACUUGACAUAUGGUUAAUAUCAAACUGGUUUUGGCCCAGUGACUCCAGAAUCAGGGCUGUAGAACUGAACAAUAAGAACAACAUGACUGCUGGAAGCUGCACAGAGUCACUGCGUAAUAAAAGUGAGACUCAGCGCGGUACAUAGUGAGCUUUAGAGGUGUUGAUGGAUGUUUUUGAUUGAGUGAUAUCCAUUUCCUCAUCUCACGCUCUGAAAGAAAGGGAACACAAAAUGUUGACCUAUUACUUAAAGAUGUUACAAGUACAAUUUGAAAAAAUGAAUUUGAAGUUGAAGGGAAAUCAAAUUGAUGGCUUCCACAGCAGCAUGUACAGUAUGUAGCAGCUGUAAACUUUCAAAAUGUUUUGGCCAAUAAUCAAAUCCUCUGGAAAUGAUAAGUGAACAUGAACUGCCAGAAUCUGAUGUUUCAGCUUCGCCUGUUCUUUACCGCACAAUCGCCCUCUCUGCCUGACCCGGGUGGCCCUGAAACAUUUCUGCUCUGUGUACACACAAGUUAUAAAGAUAUUUCCUGGACCCUUUUUGGUCCAAAGCACACGGGACACGGGGAUCGCCCCUCUUCUCAGCCCUUACCACUGUGACCUCACUUGGACUUUUGUUUUUCUAUUUUAGCUCUUUCUGUAUAAAUGUAUAUUUGAUGGUAAACCUGUGAAUGAUGUAUCGAUUUGAAUUAUUUGUAAUACUGUUACUGGUUUAUUUUGUAAAAAACACGAAAAUGAAAAGUAAAGAAAGAAAACACAACAAACUGAGUUUUGUAGCAACUGUCUUCAAUAAAAAACCAAACAAUCAA